UAUUAUUACAAAUUGUGUGAAUUUGGGAUGAAGGGAAUAUGAGUGAAUCAUAUCAACACUAAAAAAGAAAAACCCUGGUUAUUCCUAUGCUAAGUUCUGCACUACUUCAGCUAGUUGCCUGACCACGUCGGCAAUUCCUUGGGUAGUCAUCUCCCUUCUCCUGAAUAAAACUAAAGACUAACUUUAACAACUGAGGUUGGACACUGCCUUACUAUCACAUUGCACUAGCUAGUCAUUCAAUCGAUGCAUAAACACAAAAAUUCGGACCCUAAGCAGGAUAGGCGCCUGUUUAUGGGCCGCUUUUCCCCUUAGUCCGCAUCACAAAGUUCAAGUGGUGAAAGAUUGGACCACCUUGCAAGUACAAUUUCAUUGAAGAAAUGCAUAAAAUUCCUUUCGCGAUAAUCGCUCAAAGAUAGCAUAAACUUAGAAUUAAGGAUAUAAGAAGGAAUUCUAGAUUUUAUUACUUCAAUGGAAAAAAUAAUACAUCGUUUGGAUCGUACUUUAUUCGGAAACCACAAAACUGAACUACUAAAACCAUAAAUAGUAGUGUACUACUUUAUUGCUUCACUAAAUCUUAGUACUAGCUAUUACAAAAGCUUAAAAUGGUACUCUACUAUCCAACCGCCUCUACAAACUGGUGAAGAGUGCUCAUGGUCUUCAAAGUCAUCAAAGUCUUCCUCCGGAUCAAACUCAUACUCCAUAUCCUCAUUGUUUUGCUGUAGCAUACUGUUCACUUCAUCAUUGUUGAUUUCAGGCUCAAUUUCUGUGUCACUGGAGACCUCAAUAGUGGGUUCAGGAAUAAUAGGAUUAGGGUUCUCAAUCUCAACAACAUCAUCAUCACUAUCCUCAUCCAUCUGAGUCUCUCUAUCAUGAUCUAAUCCUGAUGGUUGAUGUUCUCUAAAGUCUUACCAUCAUCAAAGCAUUCCUCCUCAAGUUCUAUAAUUGUAGUCAUAAUCUCCAAAUCGUACCUCCAUCUACCAUCUGGAGUACCAUACUUGUAGUAAUUGGGAAUACCAUUUUCCAUAUGCAUAUCCCGAAAUCGGUUCUUAAGCUCUAUGUAUGGGUUCUUGGAAGGGAGACCCCGGAGCAUCAUAUGGCUUGAACUCAGCUUUGGCUGCGAGAGGUGUGAUUGUAGAAGAAAACGCUUUUCUGAAUUUGACCUCUUCUGAACUAAAGCAGAAAGGUGCAACCAUUACAGAGUCUCUAUCAGGACUUCCUUUUCACAUCAGGGGUGUUGUGACCGGAGAGAGUUCAGAAAUUUCAAAGUCACAGUUCAGUAAACUACUGAAACAGGUCACUAGUCAUUUGUCAUCAACCUCAAACAUUUUUAUUCACGAUGGAGCUAUUGGAUCAUCACCUAGGUGUAGUGCAAGAGUCCGAUUAAUAAGUGAUAGUCCAUCAGCUCUGCUCCCACUUUCAAAUCUUCUUUGGAGUGCCUCAACUCGUGCAGUUUCACAUGAUACCUGUCCUGUAACAACCUAUGUCGCGUCCUCUAUAAGUACUGAAACAAUAGGUAGUACAAUUGGUCUUGGUUCUGAAGGAAGUAUGGGGUUUCUUGCUGCUGAUAUUGAGCGCUCUUCUCUUAUCUUAUGUGGUAAAGCAUUCGCUGAUGCAAAUGGAGUCAAACGAAGUCUAUCAGCACUAUCAGAACCUAUUUUAGCAGCCCGGGGAGGCAUCCCACUGGCAGCUAGGAUCCUUGAGCUGGGGGAUUUAGUAGUACUCUUGUUUGCACCAGAAGAUGUCAUUCAGAGCUCCUCAGAUCUGUUGGUGUCGGUAGAUGCAGGUGUUAUUCUUGCUUCUGACGGUGUUGCACCCUUUUUUCAAACCAAAAAUUCCAACGCACCGAGCUUAUACAAAUUGCCUGCUGCUAUAAUCCUUGCAUGUUCUGAUAGCUCCGGAGUCCUUCCUGUUAUAUCAAAGCUUUCUCCAGAGCAAGCUGCUUAUCACUUCCUAGCUGGAUAUCAGAAUGGAAAAUUCAUUCCUGCAUUUAAUUCAGGACCGUCAUGCUUUAAUCCGUUGGAGCUGUCAAAGGCUCUAUUAUCCAAGCUGAAGGACACCUCAAUUACUCCUUUAUUGAUAAACAUCAACGAUGGAGAUAAGCAUAUAAAUGGGAAAGAUCUUGUGGAAGUAAUCCAGUCAGCUCUUUCAAAGAACAUAUCAUUCUUCCAACCAAAAGGUAGAGACCUGAAACUUAAGUUCAAGAGGUUUUUGUUGAGCAAAUAUCAAGAAUUACCCGAAGAAUUCUCAUUUUGACAUACUCGUGAGUUCUGCAAUCUCUUUUACCCUAUAUGGAUACAUAGGGUGUAGGAACAAGAUUACAAUCUCUAUCCUCUAGUGCAAGGAUCAAAACUGAGACGGUGAAAAAAGAACUCAGGCUUAGUUCCAGACUUCCAGCUACUGGAUAGACUAUUGAAUGCUUUGCGGUGCGUCAUUUGGACACUUGUUUUACUUGGAUGAGUGUAAGAUCCAGCACUGUAUGUGGAUCCUCAGUUAUGUGUUAAGGUUUGGAUGUUCCUGGCAUAAAUAUAGGCGUAUGGUACUAUGGUAGUAAAUGUAAGGUUUUCUCAUACCCUAUAUGGAUACAUUUUGGGAAGAAACCGGGGUGGAUGGAGACUCCAAACACCAUGCUGGAGUUAUACUUACUGUUCUCCUGAGCUCAAAGUCAGCUGCUAAGCUUGCUUAAUUUGGUAUGAUCCAAUCACAGAGACAGGCCCAAGUGUUGCGACUGACGCCUUGUUGAUGCUGUUGUAAGUCACAGAGAAGAACAUUUCUACUGACAGUUUCCUAUUUUAGGGACUUUUGGGGGAGUGAUGAGUGACAUUUAUGUCACUCGUAGGGUAGUAAUUUAGGCAUCAUUUGAGUCGGUUUUGUUCUAUUUUUAGCGUUUUUAGUAUUUAUUUUCCUUAAUUUCUUAUUUCGAUUAUUUAUAGCUUAAUUUAGCAUUUUUAGCUAGUUUUGUUAGUUUUUAGAUCUUAAUUUCGUACUUUAUUUUAUUUAUUCUAUAAUUUUAUAGUUUAAUUAUUUUAGUUUUCGUUA